UCUUAACUGUUUUUUCAAUUCAUAUUUUAGACUAAACCAGCACAGUUUCAUACUCCAUCAAAUAGAACAUACCCUUUGUUCUCUUAGCCUCUCAAGAACCAUGAAGUGCAGAUAUUUUGCAAAAGAGGAAAGCGAUCUCGUUGAUACCAUGGUAACUAGUGAUAACGAUGAUGCUACUAAGAGAUUGAAGGAUACAAAGCUUGAUGCAAGAUUCUUGUCCUUUCUUGAGAAAGAUGAUUCAUUUCUCACUCCAUGGAGUUGGAAUCCCAAUGCUUUCAAGAAUAAGAGUGCUUCUACCAAAGAAAAAGAGUACCUUUCUUUUCAUCCUGAAUCAUAUUUCAAUUUUCAGAUUAUUGACGAAAAGAUUCAGAACGAAAAUGCUCAAGAAAAUUAUAAGCAAUGCUCAUCUUCUGCAAGAUCAUGUUCAAAAGAUUCGUAUCCAGCUCCACUCAAUCUUGUGAUCACAAAAGCACCAACUUACCUUCCAGUAUCUUAUUAUUAUAGGAACAUGAAGUGUAAUAGAUCAAAGAAGCAUGGUGGUGCCAUUCUCAAAGAUCCAAAGUUCAUUCGGGUGUGAUUUAACAAAGAAGAAUAGUAUGCUAGGGUUUCAAUUUAAUUUAGUAGAGAUUAAACUUAUUUCAGAAACAUUUAAUUCAUUUUAAUAUGGUUCGGUGUUCUAGC